CGCUGCGGAAAGGCGGAAGCGGAAGCCGGGGGGCGCGCCAGCUCGGAGUGAGGGAGCGCCCGCGGCUGGGGGUCCGGGGCUGAGGUCGCCAUGGGGCGCGGUAGCGGCACCUUCGAGCGUCUCCUAGACAAAGCGACCAGCCAGCUUCUGCUGGAGACUGACUGGGAGUCCAUCCUCCAGAUCUGCGACAUGAUCCGCCAGGGGGACACACAAGCCAAGUACGCCGUGAGUUCCAUUAAGAAGAAAGUCAACGACAAGAACCCGCACGUGGCCCUGUAUGCCCUGGAGGUCUUGGAGUCUGUGGUGAAGAACUGCGGGCAGACGGUGCAUGACGAGGUGGCCAACAAGCAGACGAUGGAGGAGCUGAAGGAGCUGCUGAAGAGGCAAGUGGAAGCAAGCGUCCGCAACAAAGUCCUAUACCUGAUCCAGGCCUGGGCGCAUGCCUUCCGGAAUGAGCCCAAGUACAAGGUGGUCCAGGACACGUACCAGAUCAUGAAAGUGGAAGGACAUGUCUUCCCAGAGUUCAAGGAGAGCGAUGCCAUGUUUGCCGCCGAGAGAGCUCCGGACUGGGUGGACGCGGAGGAGUGCCACAGGUGCCGCGUGCAGUUUGGGGUGGUGACGCGCAAGCACCACUGCCGGGCCUGCGGGCAGAUCUUCUGCGGGAAGUGCUCCUCCAAGUGCUCCACCAUCCCCAAGUUCGGCAUCGAGAAGGAAGUGCGCGUGUGCGAGCCCUGCUACGAGCAGCUCAACAGGAAGGCGGAAGGAAAGGCCUCCUCCUCCACCGAGCUGCCCCCGGAGUACUUGACCAGCCCCCUUUCGCAGCAGUCGCAGCUGCCCCCCAAGAGGGACGAGACGGCCCUGCAGGAGGAGGAGGAGCUGCAGCUGGCUCUGGCCUUGUCGCAGUCGGAGGCCGAGGAGAAGGAGAGGAUGAGACAGAAGUCCACCUACUCCGCCUACCCAAAGGCAGAGCCCGCACCCGUGGCCUCGUCCGCACCUCCUGCCAGCAGCCUCUACUCAUCUCCCGUGAACUCAUCAGCGCCCCUGGCCGAGGACAUUGACCCCGAGCUCGCUCGGUACCUCAACCGGAACUACUGGGAGAAGAAGCAGGAGGAGGCCCGGAGGAGCCCGACACCGUCAGCCCCCGUCCCCCUGGUGGAGCCAGCCGCCCAGCCCGGGGAGGGCCACGCAGCCCCCAGCAGCAUGCUGGAGACGCCCCUCCAGGAGAUGGACUCUCAGCCCAUCACCCCCUCUGCUGGGCUGUUUGGUGAGCAGGUGCAGAACGGGGAGGCAGAGGCGAGCCACGGGCAGCUCCUCAGGGCCUUGCAGAGCGCCGUCACCACCUUCGCCAACCGCGUGAGGAGCAACCACGUGCGGGGCCGCAGCGUCACCAACGACUCGGCCGUGCUCUCCCUCUUCCAGUCCAUCAACAGCAUGCACCCCCGGCUGCUCGAGCUGCUCAACCAGCUGGACGAGCGCAGGCUGUACUAUGAGGGGCUGCAGGACAAGCUGGCCCAGAUCCGCGAUGCCCGGGCCGCGCUCAGCGCCCUGCGGGAGGAGCACCGUGAGAAGCUGCGCCGUGCCGCUGAGGAGGCCGAGCGCCAGCGCCAGAUCCAGCUGGCCCAGAAGCUCGAGAUCAUGCGGCAGAAGAAGCAGGAGUACCUGGAGGUGCAGCGGCAGCUGGCCAUCCAGCGCCUGCAGGAGCAGGAGAAGGAGCGGCAGAUGCGGCUGGAGCAGCAGAAGCAGACCAUCCAGAUGCGCGCGCAGAUGCCCGCCUUCCCCCUGCCCUACGCGCAGCUCCAGGCCAUGCCGGCGGCCGGGGGUGUCAUCUACCAGCCCUCCGGCCCGGCCAGCUUCCCUGGCACCUUCAGCCCGGCCGGCUCCGUGGAGGGCUCCCCCAUGCACGCCGUGUACCUGAGCCAGCCCGGCCCGGCUGGCGGCCCCUACCCCAGCAUGCCUGUGAGCGGAGCAGAUCCCAGCCUGGUGGCCGCCUACGUGUACCCGGCAGGAGCCCCUGGUGGGCAGGCAGUGCCCCAGGCCCAGGCGGGACCCACUGCCAGCCCAGCCUACUCGUCCUACCAGCCCACCCCCACCCAGGGCUAUCAGAGCGUCACUGCACAGCCCCCGCAGAGCCUCCCGCCCAUCUCCCAGCCGCCGCAGUCGGGGACCAUGGCCUAUGUGGGCAGCCAGCCGGUCUCCAUGGGCUACCAGCCCUACAGCAUGCAGAAUCUCAUGAGCACCCUCCCCAGCCAGGACACGCCCCUGCCCCCCCAGCAGCCCUACAUCUCAGGGCAGCAGCCCAUGUACCAGCAGAUGGCGCCCUCUGGGGGCCCCCCCCAGCAGCCGCCCCCCGUGGCCCCACCACCUGCCCAGGGGCCGCCGGCACAGGGCCCCGAAGCCCAGCUCAUCUCGUUCGACUGAUCCCGCCUGGGCGCUCCCGGUGUAACACUACGGCCAAGGAACGGCCUCCACCCCAGCUCACCUCGCGCCCCCUGCGCUGCCGCGUAGUGUCCCUUCUCCAUGAGCGGCAGCCCCACCCGUGUCCCAGACACCUCCAGCCCCCUUCCCUG